AGUUUCGAUCAGUCUUUAGUUUCUUCAUUAUUUAAUACUUACUAUAGCCCCCGGUCAAUCUCCUUGUAGUAUUUGUAUUGUAUGCGAUAGAUAGAUAGAUUGACAUUGAGAUCAAUCUCUAAUGGACAACACCUCUGAUUCUGAUUCUCAGGCGGUUCCUGAUUCUUCUUUGCCGCUUCCUUCUGAGCCACCUGAUAUAAGAAACUGGUUUCCUAGUUACCAGUAUGAAUCUUUUGUUUUGGAUACUUAUGAUGUUUUUGGAGGUCCUAUUCUUAAGGAAACUGACUUUGAGUGUUCGAGAGAUGGGUGUCUUUGCAUUGAAGAGGGAAAUAAAGGUAAGGAAACAAUUUCUUGCGACGCCACAAGAAUCGGUAACAACAGCAGUGAUGAUAAUCAGCAUGAAGAUCAGUCUUUUAAUAAGAUGCCCGAUUCUCUGUGCUCAUUGUCUCUCCUCUCUGAGCCUCCUGACAUCAGAAACUGGUUUCCGAGCUAUGAUUAUGAAUCUCCUGUUCUGGAUACAGCGGAAUAUUUUAACGAAUCUGUUAUUAAAGAAAGUGAAGGUGAGAAGGAUGGAUUUGCUAAUGAAGAGAGUAAGAAUAGAAGAGAAGAAAAGGCUGGGGAUUUGAGAAACUCUGGAAACAACAAUGAAGUACGUGCUAAUGAGAAGCCAUCCUCAAAUGGGUCCAUUAAGUGUAAGAGUUCAUUUGGAGAUGUUUGUGACGACAAGCCUUUAAGUAAGGUUCCAAAUUCUUCUCAAUCAUCCUCAUUCCUUUCUGAGCCACCUGACAUAAGGAACUGGUUCCCCAGCUACGUGUAUGAAUCACCUGUGCUGGGUGAAAGCGUUGGAUUUCUUCAUGACAAAACUGCACGCGAGGGUGAUGAAUUUGCUAAUCAAGACAGCAAGCGAGAUAAAGAAACGAAUUUAUGGAAAUUAGGACAAAACAGAAGUUCGGAUGAAAUUGAACACUCAAAUGGAUUUUUGAAGUUCAAUGCCUCCUUGGGAGAACAUAAACAGGAAAAAUUCUUGAAUAAGGUUUCUCCCUCUCAGGACUCUUGGGAUGUUGAGAAAGAGGGCUCAUCUAUUCUGGAAAAUCUGCACCAUGAAGGGAAGCUUAGCAUGGAAGAUGAAUCAGUCCUGAGCCAUGCUAUUGUUCCAACCAAAGAUGUUGAGAAACCAAGCUUGAGGUUAGAAGUGCCUCCAUUUAAACAGCCACAGAUGCAAAAUCUAGCGCAAGAAGUUGGUUUUAUGUCAGUCACGAGUAAUGUGAGAUCAAGCGAUAAAUCUGCAACAAAGCUGAACUGCAGGAAGGAUUCCGCAGAAAACUUGGUAAAAGCUCAAACAGAAAUUGAACUUGUAUCUCCUCGGGGCAAUGUGAAGUUUGUUCGAGGUGCCGGAGUUUUUUCAAUGAGUCAGUCAACCCAUGGAAGGAGCAAUAACAAAGAAAAUGAAGGAAAAGAAGCUCAACGAAAUGGUUUUGUUACAACAAGGAAGAGUAGAAUUGAGAAACCAAAUGCUGAAAAUUCUUUGGACAUGCAAAGGCAACAACAGAUUUUGUUGGAAUGUCCAAAAGGUAGAGGGAUGACUUCAAGAGAUGGUGAAAAGUAUGCCUCGGUAAAAAGAAAGGUGCUAUCAGAAGUUUCCAAUCAUGAACUCCCUGAUGUGAUUGGAGUCACUGGAAAAUGGAAGUGUCCUCAGAAGAGUAAGCCAAAUUUUGGACCUCCUAUGAAGCAGCUUCGACUUGAACGAUGGGUUCAUAGGCUAUAACAGCUUUAAGUUGAAAAUCCUGUAGAGAACUUGUAAUUGGAUGAUACACGAUGACCUGGGCUCUGGGUCAACAACUUUGAUUUUUUUUUUUUUUCACAUCUCUUUUUUCUUAACUACAGGAUCUCGAUAAGUGUAUCAUUUUGAGCCCAUAGUGUCAGACCCACACCUCUACGCCU